CUGAGGCUCGGCUGGAAACACGCGCGAAGAAAGGUUCCGGUGAUAUGUAAAGUUCCGCCUGUGUGUGUGUUUGUGUGUGUGUCUGUGUGUUUGUGUGUUUGUGUGUGUGUGUGUUUGGUGUGUGUGUGUGUGUGUUUGUGUGUAUGUGUGUGUGUGUCUGUGUGUGUGUGUUGUGUGCUUCCUGCUUCUGAAGAGUGCGGACGCUAUCCUUGCUUGCUCCUGCUGUUUUCGCUUUUUAAUCAGUUUACCUCCUCAAACAACGGAUAAUGUGUCUAUUUUUGAUUUCCUUUUAAGCAAAUUAAUACUUUUAAACAUUUUUACAUUUUUUAACAAAUCAUCUGAUGAGCCAGCAACAUGUCGGGGAGAAGAAACCAAGGGAAUUCUAUCUGUGAGCGCUGUCGGAACUAUCAACAAGACAUUUAUGAGCUACAAGCACAGAUAUUUGCUUUAGAAACUGAAAAAGGACUUCAUCAGACGCUACCAGUGACGUCCAGUGGUGAGAAACCUACAGUUACUUCUAGAGAAGAGGGUGAAAAUUCUUUCAACUUAAACCUGAGUGAUACUGUGUCUUUUCCAAAACUUGGUACAGACCAAAAUGCUAAGCCAGCGCAGCGAGUGAUAAAAGACAAUGCUAAUAUCGUUAUAUCACCCACAAUAAAGCUAACAAACAGAUUUUCACCACUGUCACAGACUGAUGUUAACGUACAAAGGGAUAAUGUACUGUCAUCACAAAACAAGAACAAUAAAGUUGCCAAAAGAGUGCAGGCAGACGGGGAAUCUGUGCCAAACGUCAAGGUCAGAGAUACGUUGCUGCUAGGAGACGGGGCAUCAGUGGUGUGAGUCACAGAAGAAUCCUAACAUGCUGCUACCCGACCUACACUGUUUCUGAGAUAACAAAACUCCUGCCAAAAGUUUUGUCAACACACCAAGGGGUCAAACAGCUGAUUGUGCAUGUGGGUGCAGUGGACAUCAGAAUGGAACAGAGUGAAGUCUUGAAAAGGGAUUUCACUAAAUUAUUCGAGGAGCUUAAUAAAGUGGAGGUUAAGACAUUUAUCAGUGGACCUGUUCCCAACAUAGACCUAAGGAACAGGAACAAAUUUACCCGACUGUUUCAGCUGAACACGUGGCUGCUGAAUGUGUGCGCGGCCAGAGGAUUGCACUACAUUGAGAACUUUGAUCUUUUUUGGAAACGGAAGGACCUGUUUCGAGGGAAAUGGCCCACACCUAAGCAGAGGUGGAGUGAGAGUGUUGACGGAAAACCUCCUCCACGCUCUGAGGCACCGGCCUGGACAGGGUCCUGUGCAUCCAGUGAGAGAAAAGAGAAAUGGGAGAAGCAUCCCUGCUGCACCUAACAGAGAACCAGCCAACAAGUCAGCACCAUUGACAGCACCACCACUGCCACAACCACAACCACUUCCCCCUCCCCCAGACAACAACUCAGCAGCAUCAUCACCUCCCCCUCCCCCAGAGAACAAGUCAGAACCACCUCCCCCUCCCCCAGAGAACAAGUCAGCAGAACCACCUCCCCCUCCCCCAGAGAACAAGUCAGCAUCACCACCUUCCCCUCCCCCAGAGAAUAAGUCAGCAGCACCACCUCCCCCUCCCCCAGCGCCACCAGCACACCCAUCACCUCCGCUGCCCACAGACCAGCCUGGAGUCCCCUUUGCUACAUCUACUCCAUCAACGGACUCUUCACUCUCCUUCUCCUCCCCACCUUCACCCAUGGCACUGCCCAACCAUCUAGAAAGCCUCAUCAGAUCGGGAAUCAAGAUGGUUCCUCUCACACCUAACAUAGCACGGUCAAGGGUUAUGUUGAACUCUCCCCCAUACAAAACUGUGCCUGUUUCACCACCAGAGACUCUCUCAGCUCUCCCCUCUAAUUUUUCACCCAAACCUCCCCCUACUCCACCUCCUCGGUCCUUACCAGGCCCCUCACCCAAACCUCCCCGUAUUCCACCUCCUCGGCCACCUCCUCGGCCCUCACCUGGUCCCUCACCUGGUCACUUACCCAAACUCUCCCCUGCUCGCCCUCCCCCGCCUUUCCCCAGAGCUGUUAUCACCAAGAGCUGGACGCACAGGGCCUCUGCUGUCCCAGGACAUACAGUCAUGAUAAAGGUAAUAUCAGGCUGGGGCCCUGCGAUGGAGCUUUUAUCUCCAGUUACAACACGUAGACAGAUUAAAAGAAGGACAGUUAGACUGUCUAAUCAGAGAAAUUUAGUUCACGUUCCCUGUAAGAAGAUAACAUCCAGUCCUACUGAAACUAAUCAGAAACUUGCUGUGCUCAAUGUCAGAUCUUUAUGUAACAAAUCAUUUCUAAUUCAUGAUUUUAUUUCUUCUUUUAAUCUUGACUUUAUGUUUUUAACUGAAACAUGGCUUGACAAAAAACACAGGUCAUGCAGUGCUAGUGGAAUCAACCCCUCCCAACUUCAAAUUUGAAUCUGAAACACGAGCAAAUAAAAAGGGUGGAGGAGUGUGUGCAUUUUUUAGAGAUCAUUUGGUUACACACAGGUUGUCAUUUGGGGUGUUUUCAUCAUUUGAGUAUGUUUCCUUCAAAAUGGAGCUAAAACAAUCACCGUCCAGACUCUACAUCGUCAUAUACAAACCUCCUCAGCACUGUCAAAGUUUUAUUGAUGAUUUUACUGAGAUGCUUUCAGUUGUUUGCACAGACUUUGAUGGUUUAGUCAUUACAGGUGAUUUUAAUGUACAUGUGGAUAAUGUGUGUGACAAAAAUGCCAAAGAGCUUAGUGUUGUCCUUGAAACUUUUGGUCUGACUCAGCAUGUCAGUGAGCCCACUCACAACAGAGGACACACUCUGGACCUGCUCAUUACAAAGGGUGUAAAUAUUUCAA